CAUCAAUAUAAACCUCUCAUUAAUCGCAUCCAAAUGCAACAUAUCCUGGAAUCAUUUUAUCUAGAAAGAAAAGAAAAAAAAAAGAAAACAGCAAUCUUUGCAGUUGAUUUGAUUGCAGUUUCAUUAUGUGGGAAUUGGUGGUUGUUGUAGAUGAUGAUGGGAUUGAGCUAUGCUCAUUUGCUUCAUGCAAACCUCUCCUCUCAUCAAGAACUGGAGAUUUAACUCCUUUUGAUUGAAAAAAAAUUGAAGCCACAAACAUAAAAUCUGAGAGUUUGCUCCCCUUAUUUUGAUCCUGAUUUUCACAACCUUCCAGAGAGGAUUCAUGGGCCAGCUUUUAGAGUGAAUGUGGACAAUGAAAGCUUAGAAGAUUGCACAAUUGUUAAGGUUAGUGUAGUGCAGUUGCAAUUUUUAUGAAGAGAGAGAAAGAAUUUGGUUAUGGAUGGGAUGGAAAUGGACAGAUUGACUGUGUGAACAAGCAAAGCCUCUUGUUGGAUGUGGUGCAAGCUCUAACUGAUUUGAACCUCACCAUAUCUAAAGGCUACAUCUCUUGUGAUGCUGGCUGUUUCUUGGAUGUUUUUCAUGUGAAAAAUGAACUGGGCUUCAAGGUGACUGAUCAAAGAGUGAUCAACUACAUCCAGCAGGCUGUGAGCGCGGGGAAAGCCUCUAGCUCGAAGGCAGUCAGCCGCGGGGAGGCUCAGGCGAUAGAGAUGACAGGUAAGGACCGCCCGGGGCUGUUUUCCGAGAUCUCAGCAGCACUGGCUGACAUGGGGUGCAACAUCGUGGAGGCGCACGCGUGGAGCCACAACGCGCUCCUGGCUUGCAUCGCCUACAUAUCAGAUCAGUCUGUGGACACCCCCAUCGAUGACCACAGGCUCCACGCCAUCGAGGACCACCUGACCACAGUCCUCCGCGCCACCACUGCCAUGGAGGAGGAUAGUACUGCCAGCCACCAGGAGGUGAAGCCAGCGGCCGGGCUCCCCAAGGGGGAGCUGAGCAGCACCACCAGAGUGGAGCGGCGCCUCCACCAGCUCAUGCUAUCCAUGCGCGACUUUGACAACCCAACGAGCUCUCGGAGGACGAGUGUGUCCAUUGAGAGGUGCAUUGAGAAGGGCUACUCAAUUUUCACCAUCCAAUGCAAGGACAGGAGAAGGCUAAUGUUUGACACUGUCUGCACACUUAUUGAUAUGCAAUAUGUCAUCUUUCAUGCCUCAGUAGAUGCUUGCAGAGGCUUUGCAUACCAAGAGUACUUUGUGAGACACGCGGACGGGCGAGCAUUCAACACGGAGAGUGAGAAAGACAGAGUCAUAAAAUGCUUAGAGGCCGCGAUAGAACGAAGGGUCUGUGAGGGGGUUCGUGUGGAGCUGUGCGCGUACAGCAGGGUGGGACUGCUUUCGCACAUAACACGGGUGCUUAGGGAGAACGGGCUAGCAGUGGUGAGAGCAGACAUCGCGACACAAGGAGAGAAAUCAGUGAAUGCAUUCUAUGUGAGGGAUAUCUCAGGGAACCAUGUGGAUUUGGAGUUCAUCAAGUCCAUGAAGAGAGAGAUGGGUGCAAUAGAUCUUGCAGUGAUGGAUGAUGACAAAGCCAUUCCCACACCAACUCAAUGGCCUAAGUUCUCGAUUGGGGACAUAUUCGAACGCCUCUCCCGCGCCAUCAAAUGAUCAUGUACAUACACAGAUAAGUAGCUUAACACACUCUCAGCUGUACUACAAAAGAAUUGGACUGUAUAUAUAUAGACUAUAGUAGUAGUUUUGCUUAUCAAAAGCGUAGGUUUAACCGCCUAAGCCAAA